AUGAAAAGUUACAUCGACAAGGGGCAUCUGGCUCCGGACGAAUUGGUUAUCGACAUCAUAACCGAGUAUGUCUGCAAGCACAAAGACUGCAAGGGAAACGUUUUCGACGGAUUCCCGAGAACCACGCCGCAAGCCGAAGCGUUCGACAAAAUCAUGGAAAUGCACGGCGCGCCGAUCAACCUGAUACUGUCGCUGGAAGUUCCCGACGAAGAACUGAUCAAACGGAUCCUGCUCCGCAGCAAGGACAGCGCCGGGCCGACGAUCGCUGCGAAUCGGUCAUCCGGAACCGGAUCGACGUUUACAAAGCUCAAACGGCCAUCGUAG